AUGUCUGCUCGCAGUCCCGAUUUCUACAAAAAUAAGGUAAUUCUGGCUCCUAUGGUGAAGGCUGGGAGGACUCCGUUCCGAGCCUUAUGCUCGGAAUAUGGCGCAGAUCUCGUUUAUACCGAAGAGAUUGUGGAUCAGAAGUUCCUUCAAUGUACCAGAACAAGGAAUGGUAAACAAGUAAUCGUAGGGUAACCGUAAAAUUUAGACAUUUUGAACACAAUUGAUUACUUCUUGGACGACGAACUUGUUUUGAGGAUAGCGAAGGAAGAGAAGGAACGUUGCAUCCUCCAAAUCGUGAGUUCAAAAGUAGUCUGUCAUUUAUCACGUUAUAGGGCUCCAAUUCAGAGCAUGGUUGUAUCUUGGUCAGUAAGAAAAUGUAAGUUUGUAUGUUUGCGAGAGGAUGUUUUAGUGGUGAUGAUGUGGCUGGAAUCGAUGUGAAUAUGGGAUGCCCAAAGCCGUUUUCCAUCUCGGGCGGCAUGGGCGCGGCCUUAUUGAAGAAGCCCGAAUUAGUGCAGAAGAUGAUCUCUUCCUUGGUUUCAGUUUCAAAAAUCCCAGUUACUUGCAAAAUACGAAUGCUGGAUACGGUAAGCACUUGAAAAUUUUUAGUACAGGGUGUUUCAAGAAAUUUGGAACAAAUGGUUUCCUUAUAUCUUUGCGUGCUUUGCAGCUAUCAACGAAUUUCUUUUUGCUUCUAAAAAUUGACAGCGUGCGUUUUUAGAAUCUCGAAAAAAAAUUUUUUUCGUCGGCGGAGGGCCUAUUUCUCGGCGGAGAAAAUUAGGGCCUUUUUUAAAAAUCACAGCGUAUUACGUGGCGGAAACGCCGUUGCAAGGGCUGAAAUCAAGUUUACGUUACACCUCCCUCGAUUUUACGGUGUGCAUUUUUUUGUUUUCGAUUUUACGCGCACCGCGGAGGCGCGGCGGAGACUUCAGACUUCGGCGGACGUUGUUUUGGGCCUUCGGCUGCUGCAAUUCAUGUUGGAAAAGAGGUUGGGGUGAUUUUUUGUUGUCAUCCGAUGCACAGAUGGCAAAAAUUUCGUGCUUUUUUCCCCGGCGGAGGAUUCGGCGGAGGCUUUAUCAAAGGGUCAAAGCUGUCUUACGAGUCCGGGAAAAAUCUCAGCUACAAGAAUCCAUCAGAGCAGCAUUGUCUUUCAAAGAUUUUUGAUUUUUUUGGUCCGGCGGACAAAUCGGCGGAGUUUUGUUUUUACCCUUUGAUAAAGCCUCCGCCGACUCCUCCGCCGGGGAUAAAAAGCACGAAAUUUUUGCCAUCUGUGCAUCGGAUGACAACAAAAAAUCACCCAAACCUCCUUUCCAACAUGAAUUGCAAAAACCAAAGGCCCAAAACAUCGUCCACCGAAAUCUGAGGUCUCCGCCGCGCAUCCGCGGAAGUGCGUAAAAUCGAAAACGCAAAAAAAGCAUACCGUAAAAUCCAUGGAGGUGUUACGUAAACUUGAUUUCAGCCGUUGCAACGGCGUUUCCGCCACGUAAUGCGAUGUGAUUUUUAAAAAAGGCCCUAAUUUUCUCCGCCGAGAAAUCGGCCCUCCGCCGACGAAAAAAAAUUUUUUUCGAGAUUCUAAAAACGCACGCUGUCAAUUUUUAGAAGCAAAAAGAAAUUCGUUGAUAGCUGCAAAGAACGCAAAGAUAUAAGGAAACCAUUUGUUCCAAAUUUCUUGAAACACCCUGUAUUUGUAACGGAGUUGUUCUUUAGUUGGAAGACACCAUAAAAUUUGCAAAGAUGUUAGAAUCUUGUGGUAUAUCAGCUCUAGGAGUACAUGGCAGAAGAAGGGAUGAACGGCAACAACAUAAAAACAGGUCGGAAGAGGUGAAGGCAGUCGCCGAUGCACUCAGUAUACCUGUCAUUGCAAAGUGAGUAUAAACGUAAGCUCUACGGUCAUCUCAUCUUUCUAGCGGGGAGUCCGGAAAUAUCUCCAAGUAUGAAGACAUCAAAAAGUGCCUAGACAAAUGUGGAGCAAGCAGCAUUAUGAUCGCCAGGAAAGCUUUGAAUAAUCCUUCGAUCUUCAGAAAAGAAGGAGUGCUCCCCAUGGAAAAAGAGAUUCAAGACUUCCUCGAAAAGGUAACUCAAAAAUGUGUCGGCGUAAUGACUAUGUCUUUAGGCGUGUACUUACGAUGAGCCCUACACUACCGUCAAAUAUUCAGUGCAACGGAUGCUGGGAUCACAGCAAGAGUUCGAUCCUCGGGGAAAGAAGACCCUGGACGCACUGACUGUUGGUGAAAUCUGCGCUAUCUGGGGUAAGACCGCGUUUUAUGAUGGAUGUAAAGAACAACGACAGCGAAUGACUCUCAAACGACAUCACACAGAGAAGGAGAACGAACUGGAGAAGGAAGGAAUUGUCGUUUCUGAUUUGACAUUCCCGCCGUACGUUCAAAACACGUUUUAAUCGCAUUUUCAGAAAGCGCCUGAAAGCAAAUCAUGGUACCCUAUCGCCCAAAUGUAUUCUAUUGAGAUACUGCGCAGAGAAAAAACUCGAAAAACCCAUUUUCAAAACAGUAUGCAUUCAAAGCGGAAAUACAAUGUUAUUUACAGGAAAGGAGGGCCCGCGACGGACGAUUUGAAUGUGUGAUAUCAGUCGCCGAUAAGAAAUUUGCAUCGAGGAUCUCACAGCCCAAUACAAAGAUGGCCGAGCAGGUUGCCUGUUUAGCCGCUUUACAUGGGCUCAAUAUCAGGGACAGAUUACCUGGAAAUUGGGAAGAAUAG